UAUGAUGUUAUCUUUGAUCUUGUGGUGGAAUUUUUUAUAUAAGUUUCCGCCAAAACCAUGUCCAUAGAAUAAUUCUUAUACAAAACUUGAAGAAUCUAACAGUUUUUACCAAAAAUAUGGAUUAAGUGAUAUACUAGUACUCUUAACUAAUAAACUACUAAUGAUAUAGUAUUGAG